CACGACAAUAGCUUCAAGUCUGACGGCCCAUUAAAAAACCGGUGCACAGACACACAAAGGACUACCAUACGAUGUGCGCACCGCGGCAGACAUGUAGUAAAUUUGAUAUUCCGUCUACAGUUAAAAAUUACAAAAAAAUGUUUUUCGGAAUCGGAACACUGCAGUUGUAUUUCUGCAGUAUCUGUGCGUUCUCCGCUCUUGUGUUCGCUGUAUCCGCUCUACACUUUUGGUUGUUAUCUUAUCCUUUGAGUGUUGUGCUGCCGAUAACGGGCAAGCAGGAAACCGGAAGUGAUAUCGCUUAUACUAUCCAGCCAUCGAUUGUACCGGAUAAUUCCACAGCCGGAUUGAUCUUCAUUCAUCUUUACAACAUCUCACAUUUGGCGUUUAACACCGUGCGGCGCAAGGCGCAGCCGAUCGACACAACAUGCGGUUACCGCAUAAUCUUCGUUGUCGGUCAAGUGUCGGCGAACAAAGUUGUACGGACACAGGCGCAGCAGCAUCGCGAUAUACUGCAGCUGCCGAAUAUCGUACAUAGUCAGGCCAGUCAAAAAUUAAUUAUACCGGAAGUGAAAAAAUAUGCAAAGGCGAUCUGCGGAAAGAGGCAAAUGGGCAUAAUUGUCACUGGAAAUGUGGAUACGCAAGACAGUUACAGGACCAUUUGGAGGAAUUCUAUAGCCUUUAAAAUAAAUCCAAAAAAAGAUUCAGGCGGUCUUAAACCAGACCUUGAUCGCUACGGUUGGUGUAUGGGAAACGCAUCCCAAACCUACGAAGAUCCCUAUAACGAAAAUGAUUUGCUGACCUUUGCGCAGCAUAACCGACCCGAUUCCACGGCUGACCUGAUCGGCACUGCCGGAUCCGAAGAAAUUAAACAGCUUCAUUAUCUUCUUCUGGAACCGCAAGACCAUAUCGUAAACAAACAAGAAUUUCAACACAUUAUUAGUGAACCGGCUCUCUGUGUGCGGCUACGACGUAAGCCGCCGUAUUUGCUUAUUUUCACUCAUUCGUCGCCGGCUAAUUUCCGCCUCCGGCAGAAGAUUAGGGAAACGUGGUACAGCCGGGAAAGUCGAACAAGGAACAACAUUGUUAACCUGUUUUUCCUAGGAAUUUCAUCGACAAACCUGUCGUCACAAACACAACGUCAGAUUGCGGCUGAAAGUGCCAAAUUCCACGAUAUCAUUCAGCUGGACUUCAUUGACUCGUACCGGAACCUUACUUUUAAGCACACAGCGGCGUUGAAAUACCUUACUGAAAACUGUCAAAAUAUCACAUAUAAAUUUGUACUAAAGACGGAUGAUGAUAUGGUUCUGGAUGUCGACAGCAUAGUUUUUUAUAUGAAAAAACUCUUGAAGAACCGCUUGGCACCGCCCACACGCACAAUAUACUGCAGUCACUUGAUGUACCGGGAAGUUAUAAAGCGGAACACCACAUUUAAAUGGUACAUCUCCCCCGAAGAAUAUCCAGGUCGCACUUAUCCUCCAUAUUGUUACGGUGCCGGCUACCUAAUGACGCCUGAUCUCAUUGGGGACCUUUACAACAUGUCCCUAUACAUGCGCCGGUUCUGGGUAGACGAUGUGUAUAUUUCCGGUUUUGUGGCACGUAAUCUGCGCAAUGUACGGCAUGUGCAGUUACCUAACCAGAUUCCCGUAUUCUCAAAGAAAUCUUCCGCGCUGGAGAUCCUACAGAAAAAGCGCUGGUUGGUACACACCUAUAACGCACCAACAGCAUUCGACCGGAUAUGGUCAACGUUCAGCACACGAUGGAACACGACGGCAAGGGAAUCGUUUAAGCUGGCCAAUAAUCUUUCGGAUGACAGUAUUUUCAGUGUUGCAUGACGUAUAUUUUGUUAUAUAAAUUCACCGUUGAUCUCUGAUCUACAAAAUUUGCUCAGAAAGCAGGCUAUAUUAAAAUUACUUAACUUGCUAAGCAUGUAUAUUGAGUAUUGCUCAUGUACGGGAUGGUCAGUUGCAUAAAAAAAAUAAAGCUACGCAA